AAAACGAACACAUCUACUUUCCAAUUAUCCAAAUUUGGCGCUACUGAAUUCCUGUAGUAUUUCAUCCGACUGCAUUCUAGUGUUGUGUCCGAAGGCCCUAGAAAAUGGAUCCAGUUCAAGUUGCCAUCAAGCUGAGACGUCUCCUUAUUGCCCACGACAAUGCAGUGAAAGAGAUCCUGACAUUAGAUACCCAAGUCUACCAUCUGAUGCGGAAGAUGACAGCCAACUCCUCCAACAACUGCAUAAUCCGAGGUGAACAGCUGAUCCAGAGACGAUGGGUGCUGGAAGGUGUCAAGGAGAUGUUUACCAUCUACAGACAACUCAAGUGGCAAGAGGUGCAAGCCUGUGUAAACGCCAUCACCAAAGAUGCUUCUGCAGAGAGUGAUUCGGAGGCGGACUGGAAUGCAGAUACCUCUUUCAAUGACGAUGAAGCUUCCUUCACGGAACUCUUGUCCGACAGCUCAUAUAGUGAGGACGACGAAGACCAGGGAGACCUAUACAGCAACGACAGCAGCUACGAUAUGACGACUCUCAGUCGAGCUUUGUCUGUAGACGACAGUGCACUUCAUAGAAACGCCUAAGGGAAAUCACAAGUCCCAUCCACAUCAACUAGUGCUGCAUUUACCUUGUUAUUCAUUUUUUGUUAUUGUACACAAAUGUUGCCUGACAGUGUGCAAAGGGCAUCCUAUUAUAUUGUAAACCACAUUUGUUUGUUGAUGAAUAUGCUGAGGAAAUAAAUAAUGAAGUCGA